ACAUCUCUGGCUAUACGAACAGAUUUGUAAAGGUAAAGAAGAACUCCAUUUUGAAGCACGUUCUCCGCGUACUGCAAAUCAAACAAAGAAAAGCGAAUAUUUUGUGAGGUUUCACUUAGGUAAGAGCGUUUAAUUGAAUUAGUUGCGACAGAGUGGUACCGUGUGGAGUGUUUUUUUCCGGUAAAUAUUCUUGGUGAAACCGUGUCACGAAGCAGUAGGCAAAAUGGACGUUUGGCUGCCAUUGGAAUCCAACCCCGAAGUACUGUCUAACUAUAUGGUCAAGUUGGGCGUAUCGCCCCUCUGGAGCAUCGUCGACAUCUAUGGAAUGGAUGACGAACUUCUGGACAUGGUUCCGAAGCCGGUCAAAUCGUUGAUCUUUCUAUUUCCCUGCUCCAAAGCGCAUGAAGAGUUUCGUGCCAAGGAAGAUGAGGAACUGAAGGGUAAAAAUGCCGAGCAUCCGAAAACCCUGUUUUUCACACGCCAGUUCGUCCACAAUGCCUGCGGUACGAUUGCCGUGAUUCACGCCAUUCUUAACAACCCGGACAUUGAGAUUGAACAGGGCAGUGUGUUGAAGAAAUAUUUCGACAAUGCCAAAGAACUCUCACCUGACGAGCGCGGUGAGCUAUUGAACAAGAAUGUGGAUUUGAAGGCAACGCACGAGGAGAAUGCGCAGCAGGGCCAAACCGCCACUCCUAACAUAAACGAUACGGUGUACCAUCAUUUUAUCGCGUUUGUACAUGUGGAUGGUACGCUGUACGAGCUGGACGGAAGAAAAAAUUUCCCAGUCGCUCACGGUAAAACAACUCCGGAAACGUUGCUGAAAGAUUCGGUAAAGGUGUGCAAAAAGUUCAUCGAACUGGAUCCAUCCGAGGUGCGCUUCACGCUGCUAGGACUCGUACCGACGCAGUAAGAUAUCUGUAACGAAAACAAUGUUUGCUUCUAACGCUUAAAGCAGAACUGAAAUAAUGAAGAGACCAAAUGGCUUUUAAAUCACACCGGCAAGCAGUGCGUUCCUUUGGAAAUAUUAACAAUAAAAUCUCAUCCUGCGCUUUUAUGUACGUCAUUGUCCACGCAA